GCGCGAAAAAAGCGCGAAACCGUCGCCGUCGAGAACCUGAGCCUGCGGGUGGACGCGGGCGAGAUCUUCGGCCUGCUGGGCGCCAACGGCGCGGGCAAGACGUCGGCCAUCGCCGUGGUCAUGCGCGCGGCCUUCCCGACGGCGGGCGACGCCUGGGUCUGCGGGCGGUCCAUCCUCGACGACUUCCGGGCCGCGGCGGCGCAUCUCGGCGUCGUCACGCAGACGGACACGCUCUACGACAAGCUGUCCUGCCGCGAGCACCUGGACCUGUUCCUCGACCUGCGCACGGCGCGCCAGAGCGUCGCGAGCGGCGCCGCGCGGAAAGCCGUCGUGGACGCGUUUUUGGACGACGUCGAGCUCGCGCACGUGCCCGACCGCCUCGCGAGCCGCCUGAGCGGCGGCAUGAAGCGGAAGCUGUGCGUCGCCUGCGCCCUCGUCGGCGACCCGGACGUGGUGUUGCUGGACGAGCCGUCGGCGGGGCUCGACCCCGUCUCGCGGCGCCGCCUGUGGACGGUGCUGCGGCGCGCGAUGGUCGGCCGCGCCGUCGUGCUCACGACGCACUCCAUGGAGGAGGCCGAGGCGCUGUGCACGCGCGUCGCCAUCAUGGCCCACGGCCAGCUGCGGGCCUUGGGCACG